CGGAAGUUGUUGGCCGCUCCAGGACAGACGCCGCAGCGAAUGCAGUUAGCUUCUAGCAGGCUACCUCGCCUCCCAGCGCCUCCCGUCUUUUUGUCACCUCAAGGUAACGACAUGAAGAGGUGCGACUUGUAGCAAAGAUGACGCUGGCGCACGGAGGAGAAUGAUUUCCCCCGCAACGCCUCUGGCAGAGAGGAUAAGCACACGUAAAGAAACCCGGAAGUGUCGUUGAAGCCUCCAGCAGCCACGGACAGGAUGAGUGGCAAAUAUGGCCUGGUGGGCUACAACAGUUCCCGGAAGCACAUUUCAAUCUCCAUCCCCUCGUCCACGGAGGUGAUGUCACCCCACAUAAAGUCUGUGGAGGAGCUGAGGGUUCUGGGGAUCAACCUGAGCAGCUUCAGUGCUCCGACACAGUUCUUCAUCUGCGUGGCCGGAGUGUUCGUCUUUUACCUUAUCUACGGAUACUUGCAGGAGUUGAUAUUUUCCGUGGAGGGAUUCAAACCUUUCGGUUGGUACCUCACUUUGGUCCAGUUCGGCUUCUAUUCUCUGUUUGGACUUGUAGAGCUUCAGCUCACACAGGACAAACGCAGGAGGAUUCCCGGAAAGACCUAUAUGAUCAUAGCUUUCCUAACUGUGGGCACUAUGGGCCUUUCCAACACCUCUCUAGGCUACUUGAACUACCCCACGCAGGUCAUCUUCAAGUGCUGUAAACUCAUCCCAGUCAUGAUAGGAGGAGUGUUUAUUCAAGGUAAACGUUAUAAUGUGGCUGAUGUGUCUGCUGCUGUCUGCAUGAGUCUGGGACUCAUCUGGUUUACCCUGGCUGACAGCAAGGUCGCACCCAACUUCAACGUCACAGGCGUUCUCCUGAUCUCCAUGGCGCUGUGUGCGGACGCCGCCAUUGGAAACGUGCAGGAGAAAGCCAUGAAGCUCCACAACGGCUCCAACUCUGAAAUGGUGCUGUACUCGUACUCUAUUGGUUUUGUCUACAUACUGACGGGCCUGCUCUGUGUGGGGGGCCUGGGACCAGCAGUGGCAUUCUGCUCAGAGCAUCCUGUGAAGACGUACGGUUAUGCAUUCUUCUUCUCUCUUACGGGUUAUUUUGGGAUCUCCUUUGUGCUGGCCUUAAUCAAGCUCUUUGGUGCCCUCGUCGCAGUGACAGUGACCACUGGAAGAAAGGCCAUGACUAUCAUACUUUCCUUCAUGUUCUUCACAAAACCAUUCACUUUUCAAUACAUCUGGGGCGGCCUCCUGGUGGUCUUCGGCAUCUUCUUGAAUGUUUACAGUAAAAACAAAGACAAAAUGAAGCUUCCCUCCAUCAAGGACCUCAGGAGCUGGCUGCUAACCGGAAAGAAAGUCAGAUUCCUCUCACAGAACGUAUAGGAGGCCCCCCACCUGUAAGUACAGCAGAACUUCUUCACGGGUGGACUUCUUCGGUCUGCCGCUUCAGGUGUAGAGCAGGCCCACAUUUCUCAGGGGAUAUGCUGAAGCAUGCGCCUGAGCUACAGGCCUCAUCACCACCAACGUCGAGCCAAGGAUGGGUAUACAGGGUGUGACCUCUAAAUCAGCCUUACAAAAACAUUUGACGUGAUUAAACUGUGGGUGAGGGAGUCGCUGUGUCCCAUCUUUACCUACCAGCACACAGCUGGUUUACUGAAAUUUCACCACCUGCAGCAAACUGAAGGAACUGUGACUACGUUUUUAAGGGGGAACAAUGCCCCGCCGAAUAUUCCCAACGCGGAGUACAACACUGAGGACGCACACAAAUCUCUAAAGGGAAUCGGCUCCUUAGCUAACCAAAUUGCGCAGUUUUGCACUGGUGGUCGCUCGAACACUUCAACCCCUCGAGUGGCUGGAACGAAAGAGAGACGGGAGACGUGUGUCACGUGAAAUGCAACGAUUGUCGCCAACCCCGAAUUCAUCAAAGAGAACAUUCGUGCCUGCAUGUGCCAGAAAUAUGGAAACUUUUACAUAAUCAUCGUCUUUAUAAAAGUGGCUUUCAUAGUUCGUCGGUAAUUCCUAUCUAACUGUACCCUAAUUCAAAAUAAAAUAAAGUGUGUGAUCAUGUGGUGAGAUUUCGGGAGUCAUUAGCUCCUCUGUACAUCGACAACUGCCAUAAUUUGCUAACCAUAUGUUUGGGUGAAAGGGUACAACUCUUUUUACAAUAAAGUAUGUAUUUAGUAA